UUCUCUUUCUGACUGAACAGAGAGAGGAAAGCAGCAAAGAGACAAGUCUGUGGUUGACAGAUUGGGUGAGAACAGAUCCACCAAUGGUCCUCCGAAUCCCUCUGCGUAGAAGUGCCAGCUUCACCCCAGACCACCAGUCUGGGGUGGAGGCACCCACUCCUUCACCACUGAAAGUGGAAGCCAAUGUGGUGGUCCUUGGAGCAGACAGCGUGGGAAAAUCAGCUUUGACAGUGCGCUUUCUCACUAGAAGGUUCAUCGGGGAAUAUGGAGACAUGGAGUCUAUCUACACCCACACUUUGGCAGCAGAAGGCAGAGAGAUCCUCUUCCACAUCUGGGAUUUCCCUUGCUCGCAGGAGCGGACAGACGAGAGCUCUUCUGAGGACAAGCGCAUCCAGUGGGCCGAUGGCUUUGUUUUGGUCUACAGCAUCUGUGACCGAGCCAGCUUUAACAGUGUGCAGCCCAAAAUCCAGUUCAUCAAGGCAGCCAAGGAAGGACCAGCCCAGGAGAAAGUGCCCAUUGUCAUUGUGGGCAACAAGCGAGACUUGCACCACCGGCGCACGGUCUCCAGCGAGGAGGGCAGGCUCCUGGCUCUCUCCUUAGACUGUGAGUUCUACGAGGUGUCAGCAGCAGAGGCCUACCACGGGGCCCUCGUGGUCUUCAACAGCCUGGCGGAACGCAUCUGUGAGGCCAAACUGGCCGUGAAAAAAGGCACUGGGAUUCUCAGCAUCGUGAAGAGCGUGUCUGCUGUGUUUGCCCGGAAGAGAACAGACUCCAUGUGAGACAUGGUGGAAGCUGGUCCGCCAGGGCGAACAGGGCACUGCCCCACCAACCUCAGUCUGCCGUCAGCCAGCUCCCGUCUGCCUGCCUUCUUAUGUACGACCCAUCAGUACAGGCUCGGAAUGUCAGUGGCUGUGCACCACCUACUGUUGGUCUCCUUGCCUUCUGCCCUACCAGUCCCAAUGGGCACCCACCACCACUAGUGAGAUGGACUGAGAAUAUGAGAAACACCAUGGCAUCCAGCCUUCACUGCCUGGAGUAGGGUAUCUCAUUCUUCUAACCCUGCUCCAGAGGCAGGAGUCUGCAGGGCAAUGCGACUCAAUAGGCAAUAAAGUGAUUCCCUGUGGUGUUGAAAUACAAGAGGUGCCAGGCUGCCCUUAAGGGAGGAUGAACGUUCCCUUCCCCCUAAACUUCCACACAGUAGGAAUUGGAUCAGGGGCAGCUAGCUUCUUGCCCAAGACCCUUGAUUUAAGCUGGGGGGGGGGUCUGCAUUUCAAUCUCCUAUAUUGAUGCACGAGAGCUGCUAUAAAACCUUGGUUUUUGCACAGGGCCAUAUUUCUAGACCAACCUUUCUCAACCUUGGAUUCCUAGAUGUUGUUGGACUACAACUCCUAUCAUUCCUAGCCAGCAUGGCCAGUGUUCAGGGAUGAUGGGGGAGGUAGUUCAAGAGCCCCUGAGAAACCAAGAUUGAGAAGAGGCUGUUUCGGACCAAUGGCUGAAAGAGACAACGGUUGCAUCCACACCAUAUUUUAAAUUCACAUUUAAAGCGUGCUCUCGCCCUGCAAAGAAUACUGGGAACUGUAGUUUGUUAGGGGUAUUGGGAAUUGUAGCUUUAUGAGAGGGGUAAAUGACAGUUCCCAUGAUUAUUUGGGUGGGGGCCAUAAACAUGCUUUAAAUGUGUGGAUGCGACCGUCCUACAUCUUCAUUUUACACCCCAUGGCACAGAUGGGAAUUUCACUCGAUGCAUGGGAUUGCAAGUCUCAUUGUCAGCUCUGGAAUAGGAAUAACACUGUACAGAGCUAUCUUACACUGAGUCAUCCACCUGGCCCAGUACAUCCUAAUUUGGCUUGCUGGCGGCAACUCUUACAGAGGCUUCCCCAGGUCUGCUACCCAAGAACCUUUAAUUGGAGAGGCCAGGGAUUCAGGUGACUUCAGCACGGUCACCUCUGGUGGUCCUUCCUCUGCACAGGUGGCCCCCAACAGACUUAUCAGCACUGCUGCAGGCCCUGGGGCAGGGGUUGGGUGUGCCCCGACAUUUUAAUUUCCGGUCGUGCCCCUGAGCAGCAUUAUGGGGCACUGUGGGAAAUUAAAACCCAGCUGCGGUCUCCAACACUGGUGGGGCUGCUUGGUGAUGGUGGACCUGAACAGUAGAAUCUGGGACUUUAUUCAUGCAAAGCAUUCCCAUCUCUUAAGCUCAGUGGAGGCUGAAUGGGGCAAGCUUAUAUGGUAUGAUCUUAGCCUCUCCCUGUACACGUUGCUGUCGAGUCCUUGCUCCUCCCGCCUUGGUAACAGCCGCUUGGAAGAAGCAUACUGUCAGCUGCUCAGUGUUCUGAGCAAAGAGGCAAGAAUCUUCGCCAAGUCUUCCUCCAGCCUCCGGUUCUGUCUUGCUUGCUUUCGACUUGACUGCUUUACUGCUGAGCUGCAGCAAUGUGAGUAGGUGCCUGGAACUCCAUGUCCUAAUCAGCCACCCCUCCCUCCCGAUCCGUUGGCUGGCAGCAGGCAGCUGCUGUUCUUAAGUGAUGUACAGCACACGCCUGUGCAAAGGGAGACAUGGCUUCCUUCCAGGGCCUUGUGUGGGUGUGGUAGGUCUUAAAUAGCCCGAUCCCAGAGAGGAGCUGGAGCUUGUCUUCUGCUGGAAAAUUGUGCCCGGGGCCCCUAAGAAGCGAUGGAAAGUGCAAGGAAUUGGGAGCAGUCGACUCCUCUGGCAGAGAAAGGAGGUUGCAAGGAGAUGAUUUGCCCUUUCACCCCAGAUGCACAGGUUGGGUUGGGCAGUAGCUGUUCAGUGCAGAGGGAGAAGCACUUGAUAUGUGCUGUUGAAAUCAUUCCUUUGCAUGCAAAGGAAACCAAUUCCCAGAUAGCAGCCUCGUGGAGAGAAGUUACAAGGUCUACCUGGAGUUGGUUUCUUUGGAAUGAGAUUGCUGCAUACAUGGUGCUGAACUUCAGCUCCCAUCAGCUUCAUGGCCGGUCAUCAAGAAUUGGAGGGGGGGGGCAGGAUUCUCCAUUUCUGUUCUAGUGUUGCAGCCUACAACUGAAAAUGAGUCUUGGAUCUGAACCCUUCACACUGCCGUUUCUACAAAGCAUAGCCACUUCCUGAAUAUAUGUGUGUAAUUUCAAGUCACUACCGUGUGCUCCUCUUUCUACGGUGAGCUGAGAAGGCUGAGUGUGUAAAUAAGAUGGAUGUGGCUGUUUCUAGACUCAUUUCUAUGCUGGUAGUUUGCUUUUGUGCACAAGGGAGUAAAAUAAAGACAAAUGCACCUCU